GACACAUGAGUAUUGAGUAAUAUUUACACAAGAAAAGCACACAAUAUUUGACUAUUUACACAAAAAAUCAGAUUCAGUUCAGUAAACAAUCCCAGCCGGCCGCACCACCACCUCUCCUCCGCCGCGCCGCCCGUCCCCCUCUCCUCUUCGCCACAGCGAGCCGCUGAUCUGCUCGCCGCCGGCCCGCCUCGCCAGAAGAAUCCGCAGGUCCGCCGCACCGCCACCUCUCCUCCUCCUGCUCGCCACAGCACCUCAAUCUCCGCCGCACCACCACCUCUAUAUAAGAUUUACGGAUUCUGUAUUUGAUACCGAAUUCCAUUCUCGGUCGGCAUCGGUUGCAUGCUAGAAUCUGGUAUAUUUCGGGUUUCAUUAACCGACCGACAGGCCUGACUCGCCCCCACCCCCUUCGUCUCCCACUUACCCUAGUCUGAGAAAGAAAACUGGCAGGCAAUACUUUGCUCGAGGGAGCCAACAUAUAGACGACGAGACCCUCCUCUAGAACAUACAUUUAAGUUAUAUCAGAAUCUGGUAUCCUUUUUCCACCAGCUACAUCGAUGCAACAGCCUCUGCAGGAAGGAAAAUCUCCUGAAAGUAUAAAUGCUACUAUUUUGUUUGCUUCUCUGCGGGUGAUGCUGCUAUUGCAUCUCACAUGCGGGCUAGGCUUAGCUUUAGCUUUCUGGGUAGCAGUUGAGUUUUGUUCACUUUCGCUCAUCCAAAAUCCUGCUCCAACUCUUUUUAUUGUAUGGGCUGUGGAUGCUCUAGUUGUGAUCCCUGUCUUUAGCCAGUUUCGUCUCAAUCCUGAUAAAUGCUCUUAUGUCAAAGCCAUAGUGAGAGGAUUGAUGGGUCUCCCUGCAGGUGCUUUAGUUAAUGCUCUUGGAGCUAUUGUAUUGGGCGCACCUGUUGGAAUUCAGCACUUCAAAAGGACAGUUAACUGGUCGCUUCUAAUGUCAGUCUUUACAUUUGUACCAGCAGCUUCUGUGUUUGGCUCAUCAUGGACCGACUGGCAUAGAAUAUUCGCUCACUCAAAGCCAAUGCGACCCGUAGAUUUUAUAAUCUGUUUACCGGCACAUGGAGCUAUUAUCGGGGCUUGGUUUGGUGCAUGGCCCAUGCCACUUGACUGGGAAAGACCCUGGCAGGAGUGGCCAAUCUGUGUGACUUAUGGUGCUAUUCUUGGCUACUUGAUUGGUGUCAUGGCAUCAUUUGGAUUUAUUGUGUAUCAUCAUAAAAGACAACAUAAUGCUAAGAGGGACUAAUAUACAGUGCUUCACAGUUCCAUCUUGUAAGGUAUGCAUUACACUUGUCAGUUGCUCAACAGAUUGUAUGCUUUGAUGAUGAGAGUUUUACAAUGACUUGUCCAGAAGUACAUCGAUGUGUCAUGAUUCAUCCUUUCCUCGCCGCACCUUUAGACCUCAUUCGCCUCUGUUGCCAACUGUUAUCAGCAUGACACGUUGAUUUUUCGAGACUAGAACGUGUUAUUGACAUUUUUUAUGAGAAUGUGUACUGUGUACAUGUUAGGUACCAACAUAUUACGUUUUGGGACAUUAUUGACAAUAUUAUCUCCCAAUUAUUUAACAUUAGGUUGUAUGUUGAAAUAUUUAUUGGACGACUAUAAUCUUUUUUGGAUUA